GAGUUUCCGAGUCCUCCUUGUUCUGCCAUGUGCACUUCUUUCUGCGUAAUUCACAUCUCUUUCUGUCCUUUCAGGUUUUGUCUCCGCUCGAAAGGUAGGAGGCUGAACGCGAAUUUACUCUCGACUCUCUGAUGAUACCAAGGCCAUAAAUUCAUUCCCAUUGUCCUGUUUCCCUGUGACUUCGUUGACUGAAACUUCCUUGGUACGAUAAUUAACCAUAGCCUCAGAUUCAAGAAUUUCUUUCAAAGUUUAUACUGUACAUUCAAUACACCGGCCUGCGAGACUUCCUCAAUUAUUCACGAUAUGAUCGGCCUAUUCGUUGGGCCCACGUCCCCACGCGAUUUCCUCGACAGGUUCAUGAGGCUGGAGUCACUGAAGAAACUGAAUCCUGAGACAUCGCCAGAAAUCGAUUUCUCCGAAAUGCAUUCCACGGGGCUCGAAAAGUAUAUGUACGAAGCUUUGUGCAACGGUAUCAAUGACUCUGACGUUUGCCCUGGAUUCAAGUUGGUUAACGUUGCCAGCUCAGCAGACAAGAAUGAUAUUCGACUGCGCCCAGAUCUCGCUCUCGUACCCUCCAACGUUGAAGACCUGAUGGACUAUACAAUUAUGGAAUUCUUCGUCGAGACGAAGCUUAGUGAUCUUGCAGACCCGUUCUCCGACAAUCAGGACACAACGCUGGAUCAUACCUCCGAGAAGAUGACGGGAGACCAUGCAGAGACUCUUGAACAAAUGAUAUCUUAUGCGACUGCGUUAUUAUCCCGCCAGCACAGAAUAUUUGCAUUUUCUAUCGCCCUAUACGGCCAGUAUGCUCGCUUCUUCCGAUGGGAUCGUGCUGGAUGCAUCGUUAGUGAUCUAUUUAACUUCCUCGAGGAGCCAGACAUCUUGGCCGACUUUUUCUGGCGCUAUGCUCAUCUGACUCGCGAAGGACGUGGCUUUGACCCGACUGUAGUCCCUGCUUCUACUGCCGAGGCCAAGCUCUUCUCCGAUGCCCUGUCGCGAUACAUCCAGGAAUCGAAGCCUCGGGACGUUAGUUAUCUGCAACCCAAGCCAGACGCUACCUAUCCGAUCUCUAAGAUGCGGGUUCCAACGCCAAAUGGAAUCUGGGAGUUGAUUGUCGGCAAACCGUUCUGGGAUGCCGAUUCUCCUGGUCAAUCAACAAGGGCCUACGCUGCGUACGACAUGGUAGAAAAGAAGAUCGUGUUUGCGAAGGAUUCUUGGCGUGAUGAAAAUGAAGACAUCCUUUCAGAGGCUGAGAUCUACGAAACACUCAAGCAGAGCAAUGUACCCUUCCUGCCUGAGAUCAUUGCGGCUGGGGAUGUGUAUAUGAAAGCCAAGGAGAAGGUGCAUCAAAAGACACUGACACAGAGGUGGUCUGUUAAUAAUGGCAAGACUCCGAUAUGGCAGCUGCCAUGUGCAGAGCUGCGGACCCUGGUUCAUUGCAGGGUCGUUCAAGAACUCGCCUAUCCUCUCAUGUCUGCACUCUCAUCGAAGGAGGUCGUUCAGGCCAUUCGCGAUGCGAUAGAAGCUAUUAAAGCCGCCUACCACGGUGCCAAGAUCUUCCAUCGCGACAUCAGUACUGGAAACAUCAUGAUCAGUAAAUCCGGUCGCGGGAUUUUGAACGACUGGGAUCACGCACUGAAAGUCAAUCUCAGAAACACACCUCAAGCGUACCGAACAGGCACUUGGCAAUUCAUAUCCAUUCUACUGCUCCGAAACCCCAUGAAGGGACAUUGCGUUCAUGAUGACUUGGAAUCUUCUUUCUGGGUCCUACUCUACGUCUCAUUGCAUUACUUUCCGCACAACCUUGGGCCGACUUUCAAUGUCAGGUUCUUCGACGAAUGCUCGGAGGAGCAAGAUAUUGGUGCUGAAGACGGGCAAACUCGUGAAUUAGGAGGUAACGGGAAGAUGGGUUUCCUCUGGGAUCAGCUGAAACACGUCGAAUGGCAAUGUGCGCCAUUGAACAAACUUGUUCACGCUGUCGGCAAGCUUUUCAACAAGUAUCAGUUGUCCCACCCGAGUCGAAACGACGAAGACGACGAAGACGCAGAGGCCCGGUUCAAGGCAAUACAGGAGAAACUCGAACAGGUGGAUGUUGUCUUGAGUCUCUUCGACACUGCUCUGGCAUCGGAUGAAUGGCCAGAGAAUGAUGCGGUACCCGACCAAUUCCCACUCAAGACCAAGAAGCAGGAGGAUCAGAUGAUUCAUGAUUUGAAGUCGCGAGCUAUUGCUACUGCCGCUCUGGAGAGGCAAGCUGCUGCUAGCCAGCGAGCUCCUCCAACUCGAUCUGCUAUCCCUGGAGUACGUUCCAGCGCUCGGUUAGUCCAGCAGAGGAACGACCAGCAAGAUCUUGCGCCGGAAGCCGGACCUUCACGUCUUCCCAUGAGCUCUCGCAGCACGGUGAAGAGAACACUCGAUGACGUGCCUGCAGAGUUGCCAGUGUUCCGUUCGAAGCGAGCGAAGACAGCGCCAGAGCGAAGGCCUUUGAAGCGUGCACCCAAACCUCCGGCUCCUGAGCGACCGGUGGUGGAGCAUCGAUAUCCUACACGUUCCAAGUCGAAUGGAUCCCGUCGGGGCAAUUCGCUUAAGAAGCCACAGGAGGCGGACGUCGAGAUGCAGGACGUCCGACGCGGAAACCCAAGUCGCUCGAGAACGAAGUCGAAGUCGAAGUCGACACGUCACGUUCAGGCCACCGCUAGGGAGAAGUCAACCGAGGAGAAGCAGCAAACUCGUCGAAAGGGUAAACAGCCAGCCAAGUCAACGGCAGGUAAUGGGAGUCGGCCUCUACCCAAGUCCAGUACGCGUCGGCGAAAAUAGUAUAUAUAUUUUCCUUUGCGUUGUAUACUCAGGCUCUUGUCUGACUUGUCUGACCGUACUCUAAGCCUUUGUACCAUAUUUACCACGAUCCAAUCGGAAAGAAUCCAAGGGUUAUCACUAUCUUCUGUCAAUGAUUUCCUGUGUAGUGCCGAGCUUACGGCACCGAUUACACCUACUCCCACCAGGUCUUUCUGGGACUCGGAUG